UGUAUGGUUUGAUGCGAAAAUCGAAAGCUCUCUGUUGACAGACGUGUAAAAGUAAAAUAUUUUUCAGGAUAAGGAAAGUGAAAAACCAUUGUGCGAAAAUGAACAGAAAUUAGAUAAUUGCAGCGCCUAAUUUUUUCGUCAAGUUUUCAGUGACAAUUAUUUACGUUUAUUUGUGACGAACUUUCGUGGGAAAUUCUCAUUUUCCGGGAGAUAUGUGAUUUUGUGUAGUGGUAGAAGAAAGGUUUGGUCUCCUGUGAUAUUCUUUGGAUCGUCGUUGGAAUUCCGAUCAUCUCAGAUAAAUGCCAGCCUGUUAAUCUAUAAUUAGAGGCGUAAGAAAAUGGCGCACUUUUGGUUUUCCACCCGUCGGCCAGUUUGAAAAUGGCGGCCAUGGCUCGCCGCCGACCUGGCGGCAGCGGAGAUUCCGCUGAAGAUGACAUCGCCGCCAUAGCCAAACAAAUAUCCGACACGGCCGAAGUCAUCUACCAAAACUGGAAGUCCAGGAACCUAGCUCCAGCCGAUCUGAUCACCUGUCAUGGAGCGGGAGACACAGCUAAACUCGGAUCGAUGUUAAAACCUCAAACAUCGGCCAAGCCGUCCAUCGACCUGCUGGCCCAGGCGCCCACGAUGGACAAUAAUCGCCUGGAGAAGCUGGUGAAGAAUUUCGUGCACGAAGACAAAGCCCGACUGGCCGCGGCCGCGGCCGCCCGCACUUCCAAACCGAUGCCAAACAGUAUUCAGUACGCCCUGCAGAAGUUCGAGAAGGGAUCUGUGGUGGAAAAUGGAUACGCGCCGAAGAAACCCGCACCCAGCACGGUCAAGAAGGUUCCUGGAUAUCAGUCGACGACUACCGUUGAGCAGACCUAUCCCACACCUCUUGGUAAACCUGCGGGGGGACAAAAACCCCAGAUAUCACCUAAGCCUGCUCAUCUCUCUGAGACUAUCGAGAUGACUUUACCUCCCGACCUGGGUCCUACAGGUUUGCAGACGUGGCCUUUAAAAAAUCGAGUUAUCUCCGUAGACAAUGUGGGAAAAAAAUCGCAAGUCACCAGUACCACCCCAACACCUUAUAAAAAUACCACCGUCUACAAUGAUGUGAGGCAAGACAAACAGAUACCUGGACGGGGCUAUGGCACGCUGCCGUCCAAAAUAUCAAAGACCACUAUUGAUGAGGUGGCGCUGGAAGAAAAAAGAUUAAUCAAUGCACUGAAGAAUGGUGACGUAGUUAAUGAGGAACCUAUUAUUAGUCAUGUACCUUCCAAGACCAUCACUCGGGAGCCUGUUGAAAAACCGUUGGAGGGUACGACUAACAAAUGGGGUUUAAAAACCACGCCAAAAAGACCUGAACAACAAGUUCCUCAUCCUGAAUUAACCACCAGCCAACGACAACACCUUAGACAAGCCUCAACCAACCCUGUAAGACCAUUCCUUACGAGAGGUUCCGUAGCGGAAAGAGUUCUUAUUUUUGAAAGGUGUCCUAGCGACCUGCUGUUAGAUAAAAGAGUUCGAGCGCCAGUACCACAAAUUAGUAAAUCCCAGCCUCAGUUAAAACAGUCUAAUCUUCAACACACCACUCUUCAAAGGCAUGUUAGAGCCCAUAGGAAUGUUAAUAUACCAAGAUUCCAUUACCCAGUAGGCAAGCCUGGACCUCCUGGUCAACUGGAAGUACUGCGAGCUAAAGUUAAAGCUGCUUUCAUUGGUAUUGGUGAUAGGGCUUCCAGGGAACACUUUGGCACUAUUACUCAAGCUUGUCAAUUGCCGUUGUAUUGGAAAACUCCAUUAUACUUAGCUGCAUGUGCUGAUAAAGGUAGCUGUACUUUUGAUCAGUUUAUGACAUUCUGGCAAGGAAUGGCUUCCUCAUGUCACGACGCGGCUUCCAGGUUUAUUUACAUACUAACCCGUGGUCGUAGGCAAUAUCUGGUACCAGAGGACUUUAUACCCAUGGUUCAAGAUGUCGUAGAAACUCAUCCCGGUCUUACUUUCCUAAAAGAAGCCACCGAAUUCCAUUCUAGAUAUGUCCAUACCGUGAUUGGUCGUAUUUAUUACUGCGUGAAUCGUUCUUGGUCCGCUAAGAUCACAGUUCCCGAACUAAGGCGCUCCAAUUUGUUAAACGUAAUUCAGAUACUCGAAGAGGAAGAAGAUAUUAACCAAAUUACUCAGUAUUUUAGCUACGAGCACUUUUACGUUAUCUAUUGCAAGUUCUGGGAAUUAGAUAGGGAUCAUGAUCUUUUUAUAGAUAAGCAAGAUCUGACGCGACACAACGACCAUGCUUUAUCGUCUCGAAUAAUUGACAGAAUAUUCAGUGGCUGUGUAACCAGAGGUACGAAACGCCAUCAAGAAGAAAGAAUGUCAUAUACAGAUUUUGUCUGGUUUCUGCUGAGCGAAGAGGACAAACUCCACCCUACCGCCAUCGAAUAUUGGUUCCGUUGCAUGGACCUGGACGGAGACGGAUUUUUAUCUAUGUAUGAACUGGAAUACUUCUAUGAAGAACAAAUGCAGCGGAUGGAAAGCAUUGGUAUUGAGACUUUACCAUUCCAGGACUGUCUAUGCCAAAUGCUUGAUAUGGUUAAACCAAAAAUUCCAGGGAAAAUAUCUCUAAGUGAUUUGAAACAUUGUAAAAUGACUUCGAUCUUUUUCGAUACAUUCUUCAAUCUGGAGAAAUACUUAGAUCACGAACAGCGAGAUCCCUUCGCUUCGCAGCGAGAUCACGACUUAGAUGGCAUGGAGAUGUCUGAUUGGGAUAGGUACGCCGCUGAAGAGUACGAACUUUUAGUGGCAGAAGAAGGCGGAAAUGAUCAAAAUGAUAGCCUGGAAUACGAGUGUGGCUAUGAUAGGCUCGUCCGAUGAAGGAAAUGAAGAACUACUCUCCGAAAAUUUAGAAGGAGCCUUGGAAUUAUCCGACGACAGCGACUGUAGUAUUUAGCCAGUGGGUAACAAUUUGAAAGAAAUCUCAAAACUGUAGUUUCUAGUCGGAAUUGAUUCACAAAAUUCCUAUAUUUUAUAAUAUUGUAGUCUCAAAAUUCAUUCUAAACGAAAGUGCAGCUUAAAAUACGUAGAUGAGUUGGCGUAUGUAGCAUCAAAACUCCGUCUUACACCGUCUUCAGCCACUCGUAACUUAAUUAAAUUAAUCUGAAAAUGGUGUAACAUCAGUUUUAAGUAGAUUUAAGAAUCUUACUCCAAGCACAAAUGAAGUGUGAUUUUUUUCUAUCGAUAAGAAAAAUUAUUUUGUAUUUGACAUUAGUGUUUAGGUAUUUGAUAGUAUAUCCCCCGUCUAGUCUUGUAACUUUUAUUAUAGGAAAUAAUGCUUUAAUACGUUUGUCGUGACCUUAUUCAAAAGGGAUUGCUCGAUUGCCAAAUUUAAGUUGAAUAAAUAUAUAUUAAUACUUCAGAGAAAAUAAGAGAGUAAUAUUUUUGUGUAUACAGGGUGCUACAAAUUCGAGAUACGAGCAUUGGUAUCUCGGUAACCGUAAUAGAUACGAACAUGUUUAAAUUGGGGCAAAGUUGUG